AUGGCGCGUCACUUGCUGUGUCUGAUUUUCGUCGCUGCGCUGGCAAAUGCCGACGAGACUUCACAAGUCGUCUCGGUGCCCGCAGCAGCAGUUCCAGCAGUGGAUGCUCACGGCAGGACCGCCGUCGGCACGUUCGACUGGAAUCCAAACACGGGUACGCUCAAUAUUCAGGGUCACAACGAUGACUUUGCCAGCGACGUGCUGCAAGCGGCCAACGAUACCGAUCAAACGAUCGACGGCUCGCACGAUCGUAUCAAGCCGGCGCCGAUGCAGGACGGAUCGCAUCGAUACUGGUGGCAGGAUGCACCCGAGAGCCCGUUUCACGGGGACAGUAGCGAUGGUUCGACGAGUUCCGUGGCUUCGACGUCGACCGAGUUGCAGCCACCACCUGCGCCGUCGCCAGUGAUCAAUGCGAAAAAUCCAUUCUUCCGGGAUACGCCGGUUAGUGCGAAAACUUCGGCGUUAUUUUCCCUCAUUACCCCGGGUAGCGCCGGCCAAGCUGGUCAAGGCGGAGGCGCCGGUUCGGGAAACGCGCAGGGAGGCGGUGGAGGAGGCAUCGGAUCCGGAGUCAUAGCCAACGCGAUUCUCAACGGACAAGGCGUGGCGGCGUCGCAAUCGAUCGGUAACAUCGGCGGCGGAGUCGGGCCCACGGCCAGGCCACCCGUCAUCGUGGGCACGGGACAGACCAUAUGCCAAGGUGGCGGGUCGUUGCCCCAAGCCGGUGGUGGUGUCGCGUCUUCUUCGGGCUUGCAAGGCUCCGGUGGCUCGCAGUCGGGUAUCGGUUCGCAAAUCGUGACCCAAGGUGGAGGCGGAGGUCAAGGAGGUAACUUGGGAGGCGGUGGAGGUAAUCAAGGGAUCCAUUGGGUAGCCAGCGGAGGAAGUCAAGGAAUCCACUUGGGAGGCGGUGGAGGUGGUCAAGGGAUCCAGUGGGGCACCGGUGGAGGCAAUCAAGGAAUCCAUCUGGGCGGCGGUGUAAUAAAUCAAGGAGGACUCGGAGGGUCCGGCGGAGGGAAUCAAGGUAUUCACUUGGGAGGUGGCGGAGGAGGUCAGGGCGGACUCGUAGGCUCGGGCGGAGGAAUUGGUCAAGGAGGAGGUCUGCUGGGAGGCGGCGGAGGUAAUCACCCCAUCUUGGCUGGAUACGCUGGACUCGCCGCUCUGGGCAAUCAUUUCGUUGCGGGCUCGGGGGCGGCUCAGUUCAUCUCGGCCAUACACUCGGCCCACAGACCCUUCCGACCCUCUGCAGGCGGAGGCGGAGGAGUCGUUUCUCAAGCCGGUGGUACAGAUGCAGGUGCCGCAGCAGCAGCGGGUGCCAUCUCACAAGCGGGAAGCAGUAAUUUACAAGCUCAAACGGGAACCGCUCAGCAAUCAUCAUCCACGGUCUCGGGCAGUGGCAGCGCAUCGGCCUCGGCUGAAUCGAGCGCGACCGCCAGUGCAUCCGGAGAAUCGACGGCGUCGGCGGCUGUGGCACCCGCGCUGAUCGCACCCACGUACCUCACUCACGAGGAGCCCGAGACGAGAUACGUCCAGGCUCAAUCGAACGUGCAGGAAAAUCACGAAAACGAGGUUGACGACGAGGAUCGUACUCGUCGCACGAGUAGCUGUAGCCGCGGCGAAGGAAAAAUCUGCGUACCGGCCAAUUUAUGCAUCGACGGCUUGUACGUUCCGGCGAUCGACAGCAACAGCAACCACAAAGAGAAGGAUCUAUGCAACCAAGACGGACACGUUUGCUGCACCCUUGGUUAUCACGAGGAUCAUCACGAGGAUCAUCACGAGGAUCAUCACGAGGAUGGAUCGCAGGCGUACUUCUAUCAAAGGCCCGAGGGUGAUGCCCUGUUCGGUGAGCGCAAGAACAACGAAUACCUGCCACCCAGCAACGAGUAUCUGCCACAGCCCGAGCCAGACGCAAACAACCCCACCGGCUCCGUUGUCCUACCUCCUCAAGACGAGUACAGCGAUGGCUCUGCUCAAAAUCCCGAGGCACUUUUACCGAAAAGGCCCGAAGAGACGUUCGUGCCACAGCCACAACUCGGCUGCGCCGCCGCCUUGAUCUGCGUCGAAGAGCAAUUCUGCGAUCUCACCGGCGUCAUCGUCAAGAGCCCGGUCAGAUUCACCGAGGAUCAGCUUCUCAGACGUGUACCCAUGGUGGACUGCCGUAACCCCGAGAACGGAGUCGUCGGCAAGUGCUGCCGUGACCCAGACUACGUCGACCCAUGGCCAGCAGGCGGCAAUCUGCCACCAAACUACAAGGGUGGAUUCGACGACAACGGCUUCCCGCUCAUCUACAAGAUGAACUACACGACCCCACGCCCGGUGACCAUCGCACCCGUGACCGGCGCCGCCGUCGACUCGCAGGCCAUCACCCGCCCAGCCAGGAGGCCGACCACCCCGCGCCCGGAGCCAACCCUCGUCAUCGAGAACGUUGCCCCGGUCCAACCCGAGCAGCCAGCCCCAGUGGUCCCGGUGAGACCAGCCCAGCCCGUGUUCGUGCCCCAGCUGCCCAUACGCAAGCCCGAGCCAGUCAGACCCAUCCUCCCGGUCGUCGAGCCCGUCAAGCCGAUCGUCGUGAAGCCCGUCGAGCCCGUCCGUCAGCCGAUCCUGUCGAACAACGUCUUCCUGAACGGUCAGGUCCAGAUGCCAGCCCCAGUUGUGCCAGAGGCCAAUAACCCACCCAAGACCAUUGACUUCCCCUCGUUCCCGACCAUCAGCAACAUCCAGAACAGCAUCGCCAACCAGUUCGGCUCCCUGUUCAACAAGCCAGCCCAGGAGGUCGUCGUUCAAGACGUGCCUGCUCCUCAACCCGAGCGCCCGAUCGUCGUCGCUCCAGUCGUCCCGGUCACCACCACCACCACCAAGCGACCAAACAUCGUCCAGAACUUCUUCCAGAACAUCGUGAAACCGGAGCAGCCCAUGCGCAUCCAAGCCCCAGUGAUCGAAGCCCACGUGCCCGGAGCUCAGUGCGGACUCGUUAACAAGGUCCAGAGCCAGUACGCCCUCCACGACGUCGAAGUGCCAUUCGGCAUGAUCCCAUGGCAAGCCAUGAUCCUGUCCAACAGCGAGAAGAAACUCCUCUGCUCGGGAGCCAUCAUCGCCCCCAACGUAGUCCUCACCUCUGCCCACUGCGUCUACGGACGUGAAGCCAGCGACGUCUCCGCCAAGUCCGGAGAAUGGAAGCUCGGCUACGAACUGAAACACGAGGAGCCACUGCCCUUCGAGGUCAUCAACGUCCAGAAGAUCGUCACCCACCCCAACUACAGACACGGCAGCUCGAGCCACGACAUGGCCAUGCUCGUACUCGAGAAGAACUUCCACCUCGACCAGCACGUCGACACCAUCUGCCUGCCACAGAAACCCCUGGCCUUCGAGCCAGCCCAGAGACGCUGCAUCUCCACCGGAUGGGGCAAGACCAUCAUGCAGAUCCACGUAGCCGGAGCCCUCAUGAACAAGCUCGACGUCGAGCUGAUGAGCCCCUACGACUGCCAGAAACGCCUGGAGGGCGCCGAGUCGCCGCUCGAGAUCGACGACAGUCUCGUCUGCGUCAAGGCUCAACGCCAGUCCAACAACAUGUGCCAGGUCGAUGUUGGAGGCCCACUGGCCUGCGACCGUGGUGAUGGAUUCUACGAGCUCGUCGGCGUCUACAGCCAGGACACCGGCUGCCUGCCCACCAACCAGGUCGCAACCUUCGCCGUGGUCGACUACCAAUGGAUCAACUCGGUCAUGAACGGCGCCCCAGCCCCAAGGCCAGUCGAACAGUACCCAGUAGUUCCCUCGUUCGUGCCACAGGUGCCCGUGCAGCCAGCUCCGUUCGUGCCACAACAACCCCUGCAGCCAGCUCCAUUCGUGCCGCAGCCAGCCCCCCAACAACAGACCAUCCACUACCACGAGCCCGGUGUACCCUGCGACUGCAGAAAGGGUACCCUGCCAGCCGGUGCCAACACCUACCUGCCACCACAGCGGUACUGAGCGAGCUGAGCAAUUAGCUUCGUCAGCCGGAUUUCCUGCCCCCCGUACAUAAACUUCUCCCUACAAACACAGACUGACAACUAUAUAUGCUACUACUCGACGCUGCGAAACACUUUUAUCAUUGAUUAAAACUAUAUCGACGCGUUCGCAAAAGCGUUGGCAAACGCUUACUAAUUCGCCAAAUUACUGCGGCGUCGCGCACGAUCGGUGCCGGUCGUGCGCGCGUCAUAAUUGUAUGUUCAAUUCUAGCCGACCCUUAGGACUUUUUUUACUUUAUAAUAAUAAUUCUCUCUCGAUUCGCGAUGACUGGAAAUAUUUUUUAAUCUCUAAGAAAAUAAAUUAAUUUUUUACUUCUAAACUUAAGAAAAAAGAACAAAAAAUAAGGAAGAGCACAAGUUUAAUCUCACGGUAAAAAUUCUCAGAAUAAUAACUCAAGUUUUUAAAAUUGUCGCUCUGUAAUAUGUUUUAUACAAAAUAAUAGCGUUAGUGUAUUUUCUAUUCGUUAAAAUCAUUUUGUAUUGCCGUCACGUACUAUUCA